AGAGAUUUCUGUUUAUCAACAUACUUAGCGAAUUGUAAUUUGGAGGUGCGAAUUAUCUCUUCAUUGACAAUUUUGAACUUUCGGGGUUAUUUUGUUUAAACUGAGGGAUCCUUCUUGCAAAAGCAUAUCUGGUAGGAUUUACUUUUUGAAUGCAGUAAAAGAUAAUUUCAAAGUUAAUUAGGCAUGUGUAAAAAUUAAAAUUCAAUUGUUAAAAUAACUUUAAAUAUGUGUGAAAUUACCCAAACCAAUAUCGUUUGACUUCAAGACUUCGCAAGGAAACGUAACGCAUACCGCUUCAACUUUAUAAUUUUAUUAUGAUGGAGACGAAAAUGCUUAGCCCGAAAGCACGUGCAUUUUCCGUGGACGAAUUACUGAAUCGCCGUGAGAUUCAGGAAAAAGGACCGAAAGGGCCGGUCAAUGUGCAACACGGAGGCCCGCCCGAGAAGGUCCGGGAGGACGGAAUACGCCCGGACCCCGCGGGAGAGACAACUGACACCCACGGGCAGGUGGCAGAGGUUGCAGAUGUGGGUGGGGCGUGUGUGCGGGUGGAGCUAUGUCAGGCAGACCUCUGGCAGGCCUUCCAUGACCUUGGCACCGAAAUGAUCAUCACCAAGACCGGCAGGCGCAUGUUCCCGGCGGUGCGUGUACGGGUGACGGGCCUCAAACCACACACACGCUACCGGGCCUCCAUGGACUUCAUUCCCGUGGAUAAACACAAGUACAGAUACGUCUACCACAGUUCGCGGUGGAUGAUCGCGGGGCACGGGGAGACGAUGCGGGCGGACCAGAACUAUGAGCACCCGGAAUCGCCACUGACGGGGGAGGCUCUGACCGCCCAGGUUCUCUCCUUUGAGAAGAUCAAACUCACAAACAGUGAUGUACCUACUCCCGGGCAGGUGUCACUGCUGUCGAUGCAGAAGUUCCAGCCGCGUAUCCGCAUUCAAGAGCAGAGCGACACCGGCGGCUCCUCGCCCGUGGCAUUCACGUUUUCACAGACUGCCUUCAUAGCCGUCACCGCCUACCAGAACCAAGAGAUAACACGUUUGAAGAUUGCAAGGAACCCGUUUGCAAAAGGUUUCAGAGAAGCUGGAAAGUGCAGAAGUUCCCUGGAGGCAAUGAUGGCAUCGUUCGGUGUUGUCAUUGACAGUAACAAAGGGCAUACACCGGCUGUGAAGAGAAAGUACGAAGACUCAGGUCCAGAUAAUCCGUCCUCAUCUUCUAGUCCAAACUUUGUGCAUACUUUUCGUCCUGGUCUGAACGGAGCCGCUGGUCACACAGUUCCAGUUCAACUACAAAACAUGUUCCCAACGACUGGCAAUGUCUCGUUUGUUCCUUCAUCUCCAUCACCAUUAUCUUUACCGUUCCCUGUGGCUCAGUUUACAAGUCCAAAUACAUCGGCAGGUUUAGAUUCAGGGAAAGGAGUUCAACUACCAUUUCCAUAUUCGUUAGAUCUCGGACACUCGCCACAUCAGAAGGACAUGCAAUGUCAGCAACUUCAUUCAUUGCCAUUUUGCAUUCUACCAAACGCUCCGUUUACAGAAGUUCACCCUGCGUUCAGGUGUCAGACUAAUUCACAGUUGGACUAUAAUCUUCUGAAUUCGUAUUACAAAACUUGCUCCUCAUAUGCUGCCUUGCCCCACAUGCUAGUUCCUUCGUAUGCUGGUCACACGACUCAGUUAUUUAAUGGUGACAUUAAAAAAGAAAAUAUAGAAACAAACUCAGGAAGUGCAUAUAAACAUGAAAGUGACGGUGCUUUAAACUUAUGUAAGACCUAGUGCUUUAACUAUGUAUUGCAUUUUGGGAAAAAGGCAGCUCCUCAACUUUGCACGGUUUAAUCAGUUUGAAUCACAAUACAUUACACAUUUAAAUCUAUGUCCAUUCCCUUGACUUUUCAUAAAGAGUCCGUAAGACGUGAAACUUAUAGAAAUAAAUAUUUGACUUGGAA